AUGGCGUGGCCGUGCAUUACGCGUGCCUGCUGCAUCAACCGCUUCUGGACGGAGCUGGACAAAGGGGACAUCUCGGUGCCGCUGGUUUUCAGCAAAUACUCGGAUGUGCAGCAUCUGCCCCAUCGCCCGCAGCCGAAGCAGAGGGCGGGCGCCAUCGCCAUGGAAACGCAGUCUCAUCCCGGCGAGCUGGAGGCAGGGAAGGCACCGCCCGGUCCCGGUGCCGCAGCGGGCCAAGAUGGAUCUUCUUCCUCUGCAUCCGUCAUGCGCCAAGACUUCCAGGCGUGGAGAGUGCGCCCCGAGCCCAGCUGCAAGCCCCGCAACGAGUACCACCCCUCCGCGACCCCCUUCAACAACGAGACCCAGUACCAGAAGGAUUACAAACCGUGGCCUAUACCGAAGAAGCACGACCACCCCUGGAUCCCCAAACCCAGCCCGACCGCCCCUGCAGCCGCCGCAGCCACGGAGCCUGCAGCCGAGGCCGAGAGCGGCGUGGAGAAGAGCGAGAUCGAGGAGAAGCUGCAGGAGAAGGAGUCCAAGGACGCGGCGGGGAGGAGCGGAAGGAGGGAGAAGUCGAUGGAGAGGAAACCUGCGGAGAAGUCCGAGGCGGAGGUGUCUGCAGAGGUGAGGAAAGGCCGCGCAGCUGCAGACGCUCUCAACAUGCAGAUCAAGGAGGUGAUGUCCACCUCCAGCAGCUACAGGACUGAGUUCAAGGCCUACAAGGAUGUGAAACCAGUGAAGGCCAUCAAAGCUGCUUCUCAGUACAAGCCCCCCGUGGUGGAGACCAGUCGGGAGACCAGCUACAGUGCCACGUACAAGGGGGAGCAGGUGAAGGCUCAGCCCACUGACAACAAGCUGCUGGAUCGCAGGAGGAUACGCAGCCUGUACAACGAGCCCAGCAAGGAGCCGGCCAAGGCCGACAAACCAGCGUCUCGUACCAAACCAAAAAAGACACCGACAACGACAACAGCGAAGAUGGUGAAAAAGGCCAAGGAGAAGCAGAUUGCCGGUUCCCAGUCCACCAAGAAAAAAACAUCCGUGGGCGCCGCCGAACCCAAACCGGAGGGCGUGAUCACAAAGAAAAGCAAAGAGAUCAGCAACAGACUGGCUGAAGCGAAGCAGUAA